AUGUCGCCGGAAUUUAGCAUUACCUCAACACAAAGGCUCAAGACUGGCUACGACAUCCCGAUCUUGGGAUUUGGCACCGCCGGCGAUGUCUCCGACAACUACCAAAUGGAUCCCCAAGAAGGCGAGAAUGCAGUCUCCAAAGCCCUCGCCGUAGGCUACCGCCACAUCGACUCCGCCCGCAUGUACGGCAGCGAAAAGAGCUGUGGCGCUGGCAUCCGUCGCAGCAAAGUGCCCCGCGAGCAGAUCUUCGUCACAUCCAAGGUCCAGUCUGGGGCUGGCUACGAGGAUACAAACGCUGCUAUCGAUGCAGGUCUCAAGGAAUCCGGAUUGGAGUAUUUUGAUCUUUAUCUGAUCCAUGCCCCGUAUGGUGGCUCCGAGACCAGGAAAGGUGCGUGGCGCGCGAUGGUGGAUGCGAAGGGUGAGGGCAAGGUGAGGUCGUUGGGUGUGUCAAAUUUCGGGUUGCAUCAUUUGCGGGAGCUGGAGGGAUAUAUUGCUGAGCUUGAAAAGGAACGUGGUAAGGGUAAGGGUGGGGAGAUUAGUGUGGGCCAAUGGGAGCUGCACCCAUGGUUGAUGCGAAAAGAGAUUGUCGCUUGGUGUCGAGAGCGCGAGGUGGUUGUCGAGGCAUAUUGUCCGCUUAUCCGAGGACAGAGAUUUGGGGAAGAUUCGCUCAAGCGAGUGGCCGAGAGAGUCAACAAGACGCCUGCUCAAGUGUUGCUGAGGUGGAGUAUUCAGAAGGGGUUCGUUCCGCUGCCGAAAAGCGUGACACCGGCGAGGAUCGAGAGCAAUGCGGAUCUUUUCGACUUUGUGCUUGACGAAGCUGAUAUUAACGAGCUGGAUACGGAGGAGUACGCGCCUUGCACGUGGGAUCCUACGAUGAGCUCACUCGCCGACUGA